GAUAAAAUAGCUUCCGGUUGAAAUACGAAUUAUGCAGCGCCGUAGCCGUCAUUUGCAUCAUCGUGCCUAAUCUGUACUUGAACCAUGUUGACCCCACCGAGGGAAGGGACGCCCUGUAUGAUCGACAGGGCACUGAAGAUGAGGAGGGAAGAGCAGGCUCGACAGGUCGUCCUCGCCUGGGCUGUCCUCAACGUGUCCCUGGCUGGCAUGAUUUACACCGAAAUGUCGGGGAAACUGCUGUGUCGGUAUUACAACAUCACCUACUGGCCUAUCUGGUACAUUGAGCUGGCAUUUGCCUCCCUCUUCAGUCUAAAUGCUCUUUUUGACUUCUGGAAAUAUUUCAAAUACACAAUGGCUCCGUCCACCAUUACUGUGACCCCCGAGCAGCAUCGCCUUCUGGGCCUAAGAAACACAAGUUUCCAGGCCUCUCCACCCCAGAAGCCGGAAAAGAAGGAAACCCCGGCUCCAGCCGAGUCGUGUCCGCUGCAGGGUCAGAGUGUGCUGAGCUUCAGCCCCUCCCGGCCGGCCUCCAGCAGUCCCAAGUUCUCCCCGAGCUGUGUCACGGGCUACAGCCCCUCUCUCAGUAACCCCUCCACAGCGAGCAGCGCAGGAGGCCCCUAUUCCCCCUCAGUGGCCUUCGGAAAGCGUCGGGUCGGCGGAAGGCUCCAGCUUGAGGGCUCGGUAUCGCACGUCCCCGUCAGCAGUCCGGAGGCUGUGUCUCCGAGCCACAGCCCAACGUUUUGGAACUACAACCGUUCGGUGGGAGACUACGCCCAGAGCUUGAGGAAGUUCCUCUAUCAGCCGGCGUGCCGCUCCCAGGCGCCGUCCGCCAACAAGGACGAGACGGACCUGGGCUCCAAACAGGCCGCCGAGGAGUGGAUCAGCGACACCAUCCUGGUCCCUCUGGUUAAGGAAAUCGACACUGUCAACAGCCAGCUCCGGAGGAUGGGAUGCCCGGAGCCCCAGAUCGGAGAGGCAAGCAUCAGCAGCCUGAGACAGGCAGCGGUGAUGAAGGCCUCUCUGAUCCCCACACUGAACUCCAUAGUCCAGUACCUGGACAUCACACCCAACCAGGAGUAUCUAGUUGACAGACUAAAGGACAUCCCCACCGACUGUGCUAUUCUCAUGCAUGUCUUUUGCACAUACUUGGACUCCAGGCUUCCUCCACACCCAAAGUACCCAGACGGGAAGACUUUCACCUCUCAGCACUUCAGCCACACCCCCGACAAACCUGGUGUGCACGCACAGGCUGAUGAAAAGGGAAAUCUCUGUGAAUUCCUCUCUUCUUCUACGGUUUUAAUUGUGGUUUCUUUGGCUGUAGAUGUUACCAAGGAGACCCUCUUCUGCAUCCACCAGAGCAGCACCACUCCGCCUCACUACCAGCUCAUCUACCAGGGCCACAUCUACAGCCUUCCUAAGGGCAGAAACAACCUGUUCCACACCAUCCUCAUGUUUCUCUUUGUGAUUAAGACCAAAGAGUCGGGGAUGCUCGGGAGGGUGAAUCUUGGACUCUCUGGCGUCAACAUCCUGUGGAUAUUUGAGGACUGAUGCCUCAUCUUGAAUAGUUAACUGCUGCCUGUGCAUCCCCCCCCCCCCAAAAAAAAACCUCAUAAAAGUGUCGUAAGGCUCAGUAUCAGCUGCACAUUGGGUGUAAAUGCACUCAGUUUGAGACAUAAUCCAUGCACGCUUUGGGACUCUUUGGCUGUUUUAGUUUCUGUUACACCGCAGAGUCCUUAAGACACAAAGAGCUUUGGGUUUGUUUUAAUUUUUUUAGAGCUUUUUGCAUUCUGACUUUUACAUUUUGAGAAUGUACCAGCAUGGCAGCCUUGUAAAUCAUAUACCUCAGAUAUGCCAGCUUGAUCGCAAAGGGCUCAGACCCAUUAGCUUGAAUGUAAAUAGAGUAUGUGUGGACCUGCCGUGCAUUUUUCUGCCAUCAGCAAACCUUUACUGAGUAGUUUGGAGUUGUUUUGUUAAAAUAAAUGUUUGCAACUGUUGGGAACCUAUCAGUAUAUGCUUAAAUAAAGCUAAAAGUGUGGAUUUUUACAAAAUGCUCAAAAGAAUCCUCUGUAGUUGCAAUAUUUUUCAUGCUAAAAUCAGGAAAUUAUGAAACAGAGGCAUAUUUAUGUCAUUAAUUUACAGAUUUUGUCUUUACCAUUUAGCCUCAUUCAUAUCCCACAUGUUUGCAACUGCUGUUUUAUAGAUAUUUCUCCUGAGGUCUGUCAAUUAAACUGAGAUUUUUAAAUAAACCUGGUUCGUACAAGGUGUGAAUGACAAAAACAGACCAGUGGGAGGCAGUAUGUGUCCCAUUAAACAGGUUGACCUUAUUUUUUUUUCUCCUUUCAAAUCACAUAAGCAGAGAUGUGAUGCAGAGACUAGCUUCAGG